ACCCUCUUGCCCUCCUUUCAGCUGGCGGGGCGGUCCGAGCGGUCUUCGGGCGGCCCCUGCCCGGUGCUGUCCAGCAGCCUCGAGGAACCGCGGAGGAGCGGGGAGGCUGCGGCGCCUCCGGUAGGCUCUUCUGCGUGGUGACUCAGAAUGAUGGAUCAAGCUAGAUCAGCGUUCUCUAAUUUGUUUGGUGGAGAACCAUUGUCGUAUACCCGGUUUAGUCUGGCUCGACAAGUAGAUGGUGACAACAGUCAUGUGGAGAUGAAACUAGCUGUAGAUGAGGAAGAAAAUGUUGACAACAAUGUGCGGGGUAAUCGUGCCAAUGUCACAAAACCAAAAAGGUUUAAUGGAUAUCUCUGCUAUGCGAGUACUGCUGUAAUCAUCUUUUUCUUGAUUGGAUUUAUGAUUGGCUACUUGGGUUAUUGUAAACGUGUAGAACCAAAACCUGAAUGUGAGAAACCAACUGAAAAGGUAUCUCCGGGGAAAGAUGAAACAGAACCUGAAGAACCUGAAGAAAUUUUUGAACCUCAAACACCUCACUUAUUUUGGUCAGACCUCAAGACAAUGUUGUCAGAGAAACUGAAUACCUUCGACUUCACUGGCUCCAUCAAGUGGCUGAAUGAAAAUUUAUAUAUUCCUCGUGAGGCUGGAUCUCAAAAAGAUGAAACUCUUGGUUUUAUCAUUGAAAAUAAAUUCCGUGAACUGAAACUCAGUAAAAUCUGGCAUGAUGAACAUUUUGUUAAGAUUCAAGUGAAAGGCAGUUCUCAAAACUCAGUGACUGUAGUGAGUACAAACAAUAACUCACCAUACCUAGUGGACAAUUCUGAGGGUUAUGUGUCAUAUAGUAAGGCGACGACCGUUACUGGAAAACUAGUUCAUGCUAAUUUUGGUACUAAAGAAGACUUUGAGGAUUUAGACUCUACUGUGAAUGGAUCUUUAGUGAUUGUAAGAGCAGGGAAAAUCACUUUUGCUGAAAAGGUUGCAAAUGCUGAACGUUACAAUGCAGCUGGUGUCUUGAUAUACAUGGAUCGGGCUCAGUUUCCCAUUGUUGAGGCAGACGUUGCAUUCUUUGGACAUGCUCAUCUGGGAACAGGCGACCCUUAUACACCUGGAUUUCCAUCUUUCAAUCACACUCAGUUUCCACCAUCUCAGUCAUCGGGACUGCCUAAUAUACCUGUCCAAACAAUUUCCAGAGCCAGUGCAGAACAACUCUUUCAAAAUAUGGAAGGAGAAUGUCCGUCUACUUGGAAAACGGACCGUUCAUGUAGGCGACAGUCUGUACAAAGUAAGGAGGUGAAGCUCACUGUGAACAAUGAGCUAAAAGAAGUAAGAAUUUUGAACAUCUUUGGAGUUAUUAAAGGCUUUGAAGAACCAGAUCGCUAUAUUGUAGUAGGGGCCCAGCGGGACACGUGGGGUCCUGGAGCUGCAAAGUCCAGUGUAGGAACAGCUCUUUUAUUGGGACUUGCUACUGUAUUCUCGGAUAUGGUCUUAAAAGGUGGAUUUAAACCCAGCAGAAGUAUUGUUUUUGCCAGUUGGAGUGCUGGAGAAUUUGGAGCAAUUGGUGCCACUGAAUGGCUAGAGGGAUACCUUUCUUCCUUGCAUUUAAAGACUUUCACCUACAUUAAUCUGGAUAAAGCUGUUCUUGGUACCAAGAACUUCAAGGUUCAAGCCAGCCCAUUGUUGUAUUCUCUUAUUGAGAAAACGAUGCAAGAUGUGAAAAAUCCAGCUACUGGCAUGUCUUUAUAUCAGGAUAGCAACUGGAUCAGCAAAGUUGAGAAAUUGUCUAUUGAUAAUGCUGCUUUCCCUUUCCUUGCAUAUUCUGGAAUCCCAGCAGUUUCUUUCUGUUUUUGUGAGGACACAGAUUAUCCUUUAUUGGGUACUAAUUUGGAUAACUAUCAGAAGCUGACUAACCAAAUUCCUCAGUUAAACAAAAUGACACGUGCUGCAGCAGAAGUGGCUGGCCAGCUCAUGAUUAAACUUACCCAUGAUGUUGAAUUGAACCUGAACUAUGAGAUGUAUAAUGAUGAAAUACUUGCAUUUGUAAAGGAGAUAAACCAAUUCAGAUCAGACAUAAAGGAGAUGGGUCUGAAUCUACAGUGGCUGUAUUCUGCUCGUGGAGACUUUUUCCGAGCUACUUCCAGACUAACAACAGAUUAUAAGAACGCUGAGAGAAAGAACCAAUUUGUCAUGAGGGAAAUCAAUAACCGUAUCAUGAACGUGGAAUAUCACUUCCUCUCACCCUAUGUGUCUCCAAGAGAUUCUCCUUUCCGACAUAUCUUCUGGGGCUCUGGCUCUCACACUCUGUCAGCUUUACUAGAGAACUUGAAGCUACGACAGAAAAAGGACAGUGCUUUUAAUGAAACACUAUUGAGAAAUCAGUUGGCUCUAGCAACUUGGACUAUUCAGGGAGCUGCAAAUGCCCUUUCUGGUGACAUUUGGGACAUUGAUAAUGAAUUUUAAAUGUGAUAUCCUUAACUUGUAUAAGAAUGGCAGGUAGUGUCAUUGCUAGACUUAUACUGGUUGUGCUAAAUUUUCAGUAAGGCAACAAAAACUAAUAUUGUUAAAAUUCUACCCAGUCAUCUUGGUACUACUAGGUGUCUUUAGGCAGCAGCUCUUAGUACAGGGUAGGCACCUGCACUUCGAGUUAAAGUGAAUAACCACUUAAAGAUGUUCUGAUAGAAUAUUUUCUCAGAUUACCUUUAGAAUUUUCAGUGCUUUGUUAUGGUAACUGCCUCUUUCCUGUUACAGUUAUGAAAAAAUCAAACUAGUUAAUGGAAACUGAUAUAAAUCCUAAGAAUGUAUUGGCAUGAGUGAGAGGAGGAAUGUAAUGUCUGUGGAAGGAUAAAAGUAGUAGCUUAGUGUGAGCCUCCAUUUUCAUUUGAUGCUAGAGUGGAGAAACCGGGUCAUAAGAACUUGUUCUCCAAAUGAGAUGUAUGCCUUUCUUUCAGGGUUUAUUUGGUUUCCACAUCCCUGAGUGAAACAGUUAACUUAGAGGAUAGGGGACUUGUACUCUUACCAAUGAGGUCUGAAAUAGAGGUUCCUUAAGUUGGAUAAAAUGAGGUUCAACUGUUUAAAUUGCAGGAGUAAGGCCUUAAAUGGGUUAACCUCAAGGGUAAUUAUGAAAAGAGGAGACCAGAAGCCAAAGACUUAGUAUUUUUUCUUUUUCUCUGUCCCUUGCUCCAUAGGCAGGCACUUAGUUUUUUGUCGUUUUUAUUUUUUUCCAAAGUUGUUUUAAAAAUAAGUUUUGGGUGUUUAUUUUCAAGCUCAGUUUGUCAGACUUUAAAGAACACACUGCCGAAUUUUGGCCAAAGUGUUAAUUUUUUGGAAACGCUUUCUGUCAUUUUGGCACUGAGAUAUUUAUUGUUUAUUUAUCAGUGACAGAGUUCACUAUAAAUGGUGUGUUUUUUUUUAUAGAAGAUAAUUAUCGGAAGCAGUGCCUUCCAUAAUUAUGACAGUUAUACUGUCGUUUUUUUUUUUAAUAAAAGCAGCAUCUGCUAAUAAAACCCAACAGAUACUGGAAGUUUUGCAUUUAUGGCCAACACUUGAAGGUAUUUGAAAACAUCCACAAGCCAAAUAAAAUUAUAAAGCUAAGUAUUGGAGAAGAAUUUAAGGGUUUCUAAUCAAAUUACAUGUGUGUUUAGCCAAUCAAAAAAAAAUAGCAGUUCUCCUAAGUACAGUGAAUUGUGACUAAGUUUUAACACUCAUGUCACUUAAAGGCUGAGACAGUACUUGUGCACCUAAAAUGUAACUUUUAAUUCGAAUUUUGCAAAAUUUCCAGUACCUUUGUCACAAACCUAACUCACAUUAUCGGGAGCAGUGUCUUCCAUAAUGAAUAAAGAACAAGGUAGUUUUUGCCUACCACAGUGUCUAUAUCGGAGACAGUGAUCUCCAUAUGUUACACUAAGGGUGUACAUAAUUAUCGGGAACAGUGUUUCCCAUAAUUUUCUUCAUGCAAUGACAUCUUCAAAGCUUGAAGAUCGUUAGUAUCUAACAUGUAUUCCCAGCUCCCUCUAAUUCUUUUAGUUUUAGUUGCAGAAAUGUUUUGUUGUCAUUAAGCCUUUGGUGGGUAAACUCAACCACUGUAAAAUAAAAUUCCUUCAAAGACUCUUUGUUUUUAAACCUACUGUGGGUGUUUUCUUAAAUUUUUGGUUUUCUCUAGGUCUUCUGUUUAGUGGGAUGGUAGCAUACAUUUAUAAUGUUUGCUGUUGACAAAUGAAUUUAACUUUAUCCCUUUAUUUGCAUGUUAUUGCCUAUAAACUUAGUUCAUACAAGUUUGAAUUCAGCAUUGACCUCUUGGCUUAAAGCAGGGGAAAACUGUAUAGGACGUGGCGGGGGGGAGGUUGUGGGGAGGCAAACCUUACAAAAUGAUCUUUAAUCUUGUCUACUUACCCAUUAUUAUAUGGUGGUCAUGAGUUAAAUGUAGAUGUGAGCAAAUACGUUUGAGGCUACAAGACUUUAUUUUCUAGCUAAACAUCAUUAUAAAUCUGAGAAUCAGCUGUUUGUUACAGGGGACUUUGAUACUGCCAUCUAGGAAAACGUCCAUAGGUUCUCUUAAGGUUCUUAAGCUUAGUGUCACUUAAUCCUAACUUAAAAUAGACUAGAUUAUUACAGCCUCACUGUUUUACUAGUCACAGUGGAUUUGCUCUUCACAGUAUUUUAUCUUGAACUGAUAUAUAGUAUAAGUAAAAAGGUCAUAGCUGGAAUUCUUUGUUUGGGUGUCAGGCUUUAUUAUACUUCAGUGAAAGUUCAGUGACUUCAAGGCAUAAUAUGAAUAGUGGGCAUACACUUUUAUACCACAGUAAAUCUCUUCCCCCCAAAAACCCUUCUAGAUGAAAUGUAUAUCUGAAUAGUGACAACAUACUAGUCUUCAGAUUUUUUUCUGGUUGUAUGAUAUCGUGUGUAUUUGAAGGUAAAGGAUAAAAUGAGUGACCUCUGUCAUGAUUUACUGCUGUAGAACUUGCAUGAUAAUUACUUAUUUUGCCUUUAAAUUUUAGUUGGAUGUAAAUGGAUUAUUAGAUUUGCCAACCCACUGUUCAGCUAUAUCUCUGUAAACAAGUGAUAUGCCCUAUAAUUAUAUACAAGCCAGUAUUUGCAACAAUGUGGAGAUUUCUUAUCUGAACUAAUAAAAUGCUUGAACACUGA